AUGAAAGGUACUUGGAGAUGGGUUCAAGACUCUGCUGAGAUGGUUAAAGAACAAGUGGUGGAUAUGAUCAUUAAACCUGCCCACAGGGCCAGGCUCGUCGCCCCAGCUCCAGGAAGGGAAACAGAAGAAGCAGUCUCGCCUUCACGCUGCAGCUUCUCCUCUACGACCGAGGGACCAGAGAGGCAAGGCGGGUGGGGAGUGUUCCAGAGCGGACUCAAGCGGUUCCUCUGGCAGAUGUUCAGGCAAAGAGCCCUGACCUAUUUGAUCGCUGCCUCCCAGGUCUUCCCAUGGGCUUCUCUGGUGGCUCAGACGUUAAAGUUGCAGGUGUCACCCCCUGGAUCCACCACAUGGGUUGAAGAGAGCAUACCACAUAGACCAGGGGGACGCCGAGUGGACCACACAAAAGGACCCCACUGA